AACAACGGCCGGUACGAGAUGCAGAAGCGGGACGGCAGGGACAACCGCGGCGACAAGGAGCUCGGAGCGCGCGGCUCCGAUCGCGACCAGGAGGUCGCCAAACGGACCUCCAGGGGCAGCGGUAAUGCCGCCCGGUCGAACGUGCACUCGUCCCGGCACAGCGUCACCUCGUCGUCCGGCGUGCUCAUGGUCGGCCCGAACUUCCGGGUCGGCAAGAAAAUUGGCUGUGGAAACUUCGGGGAGCUUCGUCUCGGGAAGAACCUGUACAAUAAUGAGCACGUAGCAAUUAAAAUGGAACCAAUGAAGUCAAAGGCGCCACAGCUACAUUUAGAAUAUAGGUUUUACAAAUUAUUAGGUACACAUGUUCAUAACACACAUAUAGAGGGUAUACCGGAGGUGUACUACUUCGGCCCAUGCGGGAAGUAUAAUGCCCUGGUGAUGGAGCUCCUCGGUCCAAGCCUCGAGGACCUCUUCGACCUCUGCGGGAGGAGGUUUACCCUCAAGACCGUUCUCAACAUUGCCACACAGCUCCUCCAUAGGAUAGAAUACGUUCAUAGUCGGCAUUUGAUAUACCGCGACAUCAAGCCGGAAAAUUUUCUGAUAGGACGAUCCACUACCAAGCGGGAAAAAAUUAUUCACAUAAUCGAUUUUGGACUAGCCAAAGAGUAUAUAGACCUGGAGACGAACAAGCAUAUACCGUAUCGGGAACACAAGAGUCUCACCGGCACGGCGCGUUACAUGAGCAUUAACACGCAUCUUGGCAAAGAACAGAGCAGAAGAGACGACCUGGAGGCAUUGGGUCAUAUGUUCAUGUACUUCUUGCGUGGCAGCCUGCCGUGGCAAGGGCUGAAGGCCGACACACUGAAGGAGCGCUAUCAAAAGAUUGGCGAUACGAAACGAGCGACGCCGAUCGAGGUGCUCUGUGACGGCCAUCCCGAGGAGAUGGCCACGUAUCUGCGCUACGUACGCAGGCUGGACUUCUUCGAGACGCCGGACUACGAGUAUUUGAGGAAGCUCUUCCACGAUCUGUAUGAGAGACGUGGCUUUGUCAAUGACGGCGAAUUUGAUUGGACCGGCAAGACGAUGCCAUCCGACUUCGAGAAUCUGAGAGUACUGCGGAUGGCGGCCCCUUCGCAUAUCGGCAAAACUAAGUCCGACAAGUCCACGCCCGUCGGAUCCCUUCAAACCGGCCAGGAGAUCGUCGUAUCACCAAAUCGCGAUCGGCAUCCUGCCGCUUACAAGGUGGUAUCUUCAACUAAUGGAGAACUAGCUAACGAUGACCCGACUGCUGGUCACUCCAACACACCAAUCACAGCACCUCAGGAAGUGGACAUGAUCGACGAAACCAAAAAAGUAAUUCAACUAAAACGGAAACAUUGUCCUCGAUGUGGAAAGUUAUUGUUCCGAUCUUUACAAGCAUAUAUUUCCAGCACUUAUCCUACCCUCAUUCCCGAACUAGAUGCUGUUGCUUCUUCAAGCGCAAGAAGAAGAAAAGUGGAAGGCAGAAAUGACUGUCCGUUACGGUUGGUCUCGGGGGGGCGGUGCAGUGCGGGGGUAAUAGUGCCGACGAGACCGUGGAAGUCGUCGCCACAACGUCAAGGACUGGCAAACGCGGCGCGGGAACGGGAAUACGUGCAGGCGCGGGUACAGCAGGUGGUAUCGCAGGCGGCGCCGAUCCUGAGAGAGAAGCCGUCACUCUGCUGCGCGUUGGUAGCCGAUCCGCGUCACGGGACUCGGUGCUACACACUACCGUCACGAUGACGCCGACGCCGACGCCGCCGCCACUGUCGAACUGAAUCAUCAUCGUCAUCAACACCAUCACACGACCAUUCUAUUACGUCGCCGCUAUUAUUAUUAAUUGGACGGUUGCGCGACUGAGUCGAGAUCGAGAGAAUGAAGCUGCUUUUCCUCUGGCCAAUCGAGCUGAUCUCUUCGAUAAAUAAGCGGACUCGCUGACGACGAUUCAGGCACUCGCUCCUUGGUGUAAUGAAAUUCUGUAGUAAUCUCAGUAUCGUUGCGAUCAGAAUUGUCUUGAUUAUGUGUUACGGUGAAAGUAUGGUCAAUUAUCGGCUUUACUUAAAACUCUAUUCAGAGAACUUGAUACAUUGAUGCCGGACUUUCAUUGAACUUUAUCAGGAGACGUUAGAAAUUUCUUUUCUCUCAUCUCAUUUUUAAAAUAGAGUACAUCUGGACAGAUGGAAAAUGGCUAAUAAGGAUAUAUUCUGUCGGAGAUAAGGACUAUAUGUCUUUCUCGGUGAAAAUUUAAUUAAUUUGAUCUUUAAGUUAAGCGCAGAAAUUCAAUCAGACAUUCAGGAUAUAUUUAUUGUAAUUAUAUUUUCAAGGUAGAUAAUGAUGUGAUGAGCAGCAUGAAAAUUUAGUGCAACAUAAAAUGAGAUUUUGGCAUGUUUUCGCAUGUUUAUUCGACGAGACGUGAUUUUCUCGUCUCCAUGAUUGAUAAACUCAAUUAUUCGAUAAUUAAAUUCCCACGUCACUAAGUCCAAUCAAUUUCUAGCCACUGGUAUCCAUCUUUUUAGAUGUGCCUCGUAUGCAUCUUGUAGUUUCAUUUAAUUCACACCCUUCCCUUGUUCUCACAAACGGCCUGAUGAAUAUUCUUUGUGGCCUUGAGCUACUGAUAGAAGUUAAGACGUUAGCGAAUCCACUUACCUACUUACUGAAUAAAUCCUCUCGUUUAGCCAAGAAAAGUGACCUCGUGCUAUUAGAUUAUUGCUACUAUUGUCAUGAUUACAUUUCAUCUUGUUGCUGCCCACUACCCACUACUAUUACUAUUUACUACUGCUA